GCUGCGGAUGGUUCGGCAAAGAGUCUCUGGCAGAAAACCCCACGGGACCUCGACGCUGGCUGGGGAACUUCCGGAUACUGCGAGAAGAAAAGCUGUUUGGUCGGCUGCCUGUGUCUUGCUUGUGUCUUGAGUAGUUCUUGAGAAGGACAAGGAGUCAUACUGGUUCUCGGUCGAGUCUUUGUUCUGCGCGGAAGAGUUUUCUUUGUGAACUUGUCCUUCUUUCUGUUCCUUUCUGCUACUUUCCCAGUCCCCGGGCAAAGCAGAUAUACACUACACUUACAGAUGACCAAAACCGGGACCUCCAAACGGUCGUUCAAACUGUUCUCUGCUCUUGUUAAGCUAUUGAAGAUGCGAUCAACGGAUAUAAUCCUCGAGUACUUUGAUGUGUCGGUGUACAAAGAAGACUUUGACAACCUUCGAGAAGAGCACUGGCUGAAUGACAACAACCUGACGUUCUGGUAUGAGUACCUCGAGCGAUCAGAGUCAUUCGUGAUGGAAAACCCAGGCGAGAUCGUGCUGUUGCGGCCUAGCAUGGUAUUCUUGCUUGCUCAGAGCUCUAAUCCCAAAGAACUGAAAGACGUGCUGCCGUCAAUGGACGACGCGCGCUACGUGUUUCUCCCAAUCAACGACAACGACGACGUCGAUCUUGCCGAAGGUGGAAGUCACUGGUCACUCUUAAUCGUCGACCGGCAGAUCAAGCGCGGGUUCUACUACGACACACUUGACGACAGCAACGUGCGCGAGGCCGAGAACGUGGCCAAGAAGCUGUCUAUCCUGGACGACUACGCGACCGGCAAAUUCACGCUCUACUCGCUCCCCACGCCGCAGCAGACAAACGGAUCGGAUUGCGGGGUGAUGGUCUGUAUGCUUACGUCCCAUUUCUUGCGGAAGAUCGUGGAGGCGCAGGCAAGCGAUUCUGGCGAUGAGGUGGACUGGCACGUAGGCGAGCAACUUAUGAGCGCAAAGCAUGGACGACAGCUAUUGUCGUACACGAUCCUUGAUCUGAUCACAAAACACGGCCGCAAGAUUGGCUAUGAGGAGGAGUGUAAAAAGGAGGAGAUCUUGUCGAUCGACGAGAGUAUCGCGUCUAGUCCUGGAAGUAAUGCCGCAGGUUCGGAUUCUUCAGAGUCGACGAUGGAUGUCGAGUCAGAGCUGGUGUUAUCGGACGAUAGCAGUCACUCUGUCGAUAUCAUGCCGAAAGCGCUCAAACAUUCGUAUCGGCUGCAUCUGCACAGGAAGACCCAUCGUCAGGCUGUGUAGAUAGCUUUUUCUUGAUUUUGAUCUCUUGUUGCUGUUCAUUGAUAGUUGUUUGGGAUUUUCUUGGAGUCCGGCUGCUUGGGUAUACUUCUUUUGUUUGCAUUAGUUAUUACUCUCAUGAAUAAGUUCUGGUUAAUGGUAAU